UGUCUGGGAACCUGCUACUGGUCUCCCAUCCAUACACACUCACACACAGAGAGAAAGAGAGAGCCACAGUCAGACAGACUGGCUCUCCAAAACCGACAGCAGGGAAAAAAAACCCCUCUCCUCUCGCGGCUCAGAAACCAGCAACUAUCGCAGAAGUGAAGUCGACGCGAUGUUAACCUCGAAAUGCUCCCGUUUAUUUUAAGAGGAAGGCUAACAAUAGGGAAGAAGCUGCUUAAAAGUAGGUGAAGUGUGACAGCUGGAGACAUUUAACCCAAGGAUUUGUUGACUGCACGUGGAAACGGCUCGCUCAGACGCAUCGUGAAGCCUGGACUGCUCCACUUUAACUGGUGACCAGCUGUUUACGUCUGCCUAAAUCAGAGAUGAGUGCCAAAUCUGUAAUCAACAAGGAGGUGUUCAUACCUCACGAUGAGAAGAUGCUUGCUGCUGUACAGGUGAAGCGGAGGACAAAGAAAAAGAUCCCCUUCCUGGCCACCGGUGGUCAAGGAGAUUACAUGACGUUCAUCUGCGUCUCAGUGACGAAUAAGAAACCAUCCCACGUUUCAAUCACAAAGGUGAAGCAGUUCCAAGGAUCAUCUGCCUUUGUAAAAAGGUCACAGUGGACAAUUGACCAGCUACGGCAGGUCAACGGCAUUGACCCCAACAAAGACUGUCCGGAGUUUGACCUGAUGUUUGAUACCGCUUUCGAUCAGUGGGUUGCUGGUUCAUCAGGAGAGAAGUGCACCUUUAUCCAGAUUCUCCACCACACCUGCCAGCGUUACAGCUCAGCGCGGAAGCCAGAGUUUGUCAACUGUCAGUCCAAACUGCUAGGGGAAGGCCAAGAUGUAGGUUCAGUCAUUUUCCGUUGCAAGGUCUUUUUGAACAGAAGGAGGAAAGAAUUUGUUUCACAUCAAGGUCAUCUGCUAAGACGAGGUAACAGUAUACUACACUCAGCUGCAGACAGUGUGACGAGUGCUGUACAGAAGGCCAGCCAGGCUCUGAAUGAGCGUGGUGAGCGAUUAGGCCGGGCUGAGGAGAGGACUGCAGACAUGAUGAACAGUGCUGAACAGUUUGCUGUCACUGCACACAAGCUUGCCAUGAAGCACAAGUGUUAGACCACUGCCAAAACCAACUGGGCUAAGGGAGGGUCAGCAAUCGCCAGUCGCUGUACAGGAGAAGGAUUCCAGAUUUUAUUCUUUGUAAAAGUUUUAAUAUGAUUAAAAUUUGUUAACAAUGUUAACAUUUUAAUGUUUUGGGUUACUGUAGUCCGGUGCAUCUCGUUCCUAAAGACGGAUCGUGCAGGGGACCGAAGAGAGGUAAACAAAACUGCUUGACGCUGUCAACUGAAUGUUUCAUGCUUCUGUUUGCCAAAAAAAAGUUACAAGCCACAGCUAUGACUCUACUUGAUAAUGACAGUCACUCAAGACACUUCCUCUUUUCGUUCGCUCACACACAAAUGAGAGCGUACACAUGUUGCCAAAUCAUCAUCGGCAAUUACUCCCUCCCAAGGAACAGCUUGGCUCCCAUUUAUACUGGUUAUUUAUGAGGGCUGCGGUAAUUAUGAAGUCUCGAUUUAUGAGUGAGGGCGCCCUCUGAUUGCUCGACUUUGGAUUGGCUGCCAGUAUAUAACAUAUAAAUAAGACACAUAUGUAAAAAUAGCCUAGAUUUGAUGCCUAAGUUGUAUUUUAAUAGAUAUUUGUGGGAGUGGGAAGUCGAAUGAAAGGGAUGAUCACAUUUCUGUUUGACACUUAAUGUUUUCUUUUCUGCUCUGAUUUUUGGACAUUAAACUCGGACCAUAAUUUCAAAAUCUAUCAAAACAGUAUUAGUUAAAAAAAAGUUUAAGAUAUGAUUUCAUAAACUGCUGAUGAGACUGAGUGAUGAGUGGUUUGGGUGACAAGAUAUAAAAAUGUUGAAAUAUUUUUCCCUCUUGUUAUGUGUCUGUCAUUGAAAAACAACCUAAACUACAUGGAAUAGAUUUUGGGAAGUGUACUUGAAGAUUUCAUUUAAAGAAUAAGCUUUUAAAGUAUAUGAAUUACUCUGUCUAAUACUUUAUGUUAACAGGGGUAAUUCAGUAAGCCAGCUUCUGCACUGUAAAAAGCAACAUGUAAUUCUUCUUCUACUAUUAUCUCGGUGUCUGUAGAGCUAAUUUGUCCCUGAACAUGGGGGUGCUUUGAAACUGAUCCUGGCUGUAUUUCAACUCUAAACUCUUCAGUAGUCAUACCUUGUGCUUAUUGUGUAACUUGGGUUGGUCAUUAUAAUAUGUAUGCUGAUAAAGGACAAAAUGUCUUAAAUAACAGCAGUGGCGUGUGGUAGUUUUGUCUUCUUUUAGUUUUUUCUUUUUCGUUUGUUUCUUUUUUAUUUGUUGUUCAAUCCGCUCACUGUUCGUAACGUUGGCUUCUUUGAUGGCAGGACACCGCCCUCACGCUUGAGAUGUAUUUAAUUCUUUUAUAUUUUCAGUUUUGUAAUUCAUGAUGUUACAAUGCACUGACGAACCUUAUCUUGCAGAACUCAGAGUUCACUAAUGAAAUGUUCCGGUUGCCUAACACUUGUGUGCUUUUAUUCCUCUAACACUUUUGAUGUUACUUGUUUUAAUAAAAAAUAGAUGUAAAGACAAAUUUAUAUUAUUCUGUGUCCUUUUUAUAGCCAACUCGAGCAGUUCAGUCAAACAGUGGAAUCAAAGUCCAUGAUUUUAUGGACUGCUGUUUACCGUUUUGGAUUUAGCUCACAUUGUUGUUUCCGGCUUAUAAACAGAACACUGCUACAAAGUUUAGUGUCUCAGAGGUCUUUAUGCCAUUUUCGCUGAUGUUCACAGUUCCACCUCAUCUUUCAUCAUCUAUAAUACUGUAAGAUAUAAAAUAAAGUCCACUCCAC